CGAAACAAUCGACGACCAAAAGUUUUGGCAGGCAAACCUUCCGCCCACCGUCCAUCGAGGAGUCCCCUAACCAGGUGUAAGCCACAAUGAGAAAUAGAGCUGCGCUUCUUGUGCAGAGCCGCACCCGGCCGCAACUUCACCGGCAACCCAUGCUGCCCUUUGUUCGCUUGAGCCACACCCACCAAGCCGACGCCGAUGUCUCCGAUACCAGUCCCGGAACGAUUUCAGGCCGGACAGCUCUGUCUGUGCCAAACACGGUCGAAUACGCCCUAACCACCUUGGAUUCCCUCAUCAACUGGGGUCGACAGUCUUCGCUGUGGCCUCUGACGUUCGCGCUCGCCUGCUGCGGCGUAGAGAUGAUUCAACUUUCCAUGCCGCGGUACGACCAAGAUAGGCUGGGCAUCAUCUUCCGGGCCUCUCCUCGGCAGGCCGACGUCAUGAUCGUCGCGGGCACCGUCACCAACAAGAUGGCGCCGGCGCUGCGCCAGUUGUACGACCAGAUCCCGGACCCGAAAUGGGUCAUCAGCAUGGGCAGCUGUGCCAACGGCGGCGGCUACUACCACUAUAGCUAUUCCGUCGUCCGGGGAGUCGACCGCAUUCUUCCGGUGGAUGUCUACGUCCCAGGAUGCCCUCCGACGGCAGAGGCGCUCAUGUACGGCGUCUUUCAGCUUCAGGCGAAGAUGCGGCGAACAAAAGUCACUCGAAUGUGGUAUCGGAGGUGA